CUACUCUUAAAAUUUCUUCUUCAAUUCAAUUCAUUUCUUUUCUUUAUUCUCCUGCAUUCUCUCUCCUCAUCUCAUUGAUUAUCUGUUUUUAUAAUCAGAACCCAAUCUUUGAUUUGUGUAAUGAACAAAGUCCAAGGAAAAUCAAUCAAAAUCUGGGUCCUUUUCCAUAUCCAUAGAUAGACAUAUUCAUGUCGGAAUUCUCUACUUCUCAUCAUCAACUUGUAUAUUUCAGACUCUGAAUCAUCCAAGGUGAAGUUUUUCUCUCUGGGUUCUUUCUUAUAUUCAUCAUUGUGUUACGAUUCGGUCAAAAUUUGUGAAUAAAUAUUUUGAUCUUCUAAGUGUUUGAUUUUAUUCCUCAAUGAAAAAUGGUUAGCAAGAUCUGAUCAAUUGCAAUUAUAUGUGUUGUUGAUCUGGUGAAUUAAUCUAAUUUUGAAGAGAUUAGCAAAGGGUUUUCUUGGAUUUUUUAAUUCUAUUUUGAAUUCUGAAUUCUGAAUUUGGGGGUGUGGAAGUGUUAUUAUGGAGCUUGAAAUGGAGGAUCAGAAUGUAGAAGAGGUCGAGACAAUAGAUACAUUGGAUAGAGAUACCUCUACUGAAUUUCCUCUUAGGGAGACUCGGCUUUAUCGGACUCGAUUUCCUGGUGCUGUUAGACAAAAGGCUUAUAGAUUUGAUGGUGUAGGAGGUUAUUUUAACAAAGAAUGGGAUUUAACAGAAGGUAGUGGUAGAGAGUUUAAUUGGUAUCAUGUUGAAUUACCAAGAGGGAAUCAGAAACUUUCAGUCUUGGCACAAUACUUAAUCGAUGUGCUUUGUCCGCCUUUGAAACUACAGGAUAUACUAUCGCUUGUCACGAAUGGGCCGUUUUGUGGUCAUGUUGAUGGGGCGUUUGUAUUUAGAGUGAAUUCACCUGGUCCAGGGUCGAGUAAUUUUACACUUAGGAUUGCUGCUAGAGUAACAGAGAAUUCGUUGAUCACUGUGUCGUUGGGGCGUGUUCCUAGAUUGGGGUUCUCACCGACGGGGCAAUCUCUACUUUCGGAGAUUCCUAGUGUUGAGAGUCCUAGCAGUAGGCGUAAGGAGGAAGAGAUAGAAAAUGGUGGUGCAAUUGUCAUUAGGGAACAUGUUCUUGAGUUUCUAUUGACAAUGAAUCAUUCCGAAGAAGCUGAUAAUCCUGUACCUAAGACUAUCGCGAAUCUUGUGGUGCAUGUUAUUGACACACACAUGGACCACCUUCAGGAUAUAGUUACCAAGCUUGAGAUGGAGUUGGACUCAGUUGAGAUCGAACUAGACAAAGGUGGUUUUGCAUUGAAAAAGCAAAUGCUGGAUGACAGAAGAUUCCCCAAAAUGCACCUGAAUAUACAGCGCCUCCUACAGGUCAUUGCACAUGGGGAGCAAGUGUUUCCACGUGUUAAAGAAAAAUGUGCGACGAAGAGUUGGUUUGCGGGUGAAGAUAUUGUUUCACUAGAAGAGUUAGUCGGACGUCUUAGGAGGCUAAAAGAGAAUGUUGGAUUUAUAGCUAAUCGUGUUACAGCAAUCCAGGCUGGUCUUGAUAGUUGGCAAGCAGAGCAAAUAAACAGAAAGCUUUACUAUCUUUCCUUCCUGUCGAUCAUUUUCCUUCCUUUAUCCAUCAUAACCGGAGUGUUCGGAAUGAAUGUCGGAGGUGUUCCAUGGACGGAGCAGAAAAAUCCUAAACUGAAAGAUGGGUUCCUCAAUGUGAUGCUUAUAUGUGUAGUAACACUCUUUUUAGUAUUUCUCUGCUUCAUGUUCCCAACUGUCUAUGUCUAUAUAUCUACCUGGAGAAGGCGAAGAGCACUUAAAAGGAGUUGGUCCUUGAAUAGAAAGUCGUUUCUAAGAAGAACCAUGGGAGUUCCGGAAAGAGGGGGAUAUCUUCGGAUUUGAAAAUUUCUGGUAAGCAUAUCCUUGGUUACCAUAACCUUCUGAACUCUAGCUGGGAGAACCUAUGUUAAUGAGACAGAACUUUAUGAGGAAAACUUGCAUAUCCUGUCAUCGAAUAUCUCUGAUGGUUCUCAUGCAAUAUUCCUUGAACGAGCAUGUAAACUGUUGUACAGAUGAGAAGGUAGGGGUAGUAUAUUAGCCGUGAGAUGUGAAAUAUAAGAGAAGUUUUAGCUAAUACAUCAAUACCUGUUCAAUUUCGGACAUCAAACGGGAGUAGGCAGUGUUCAGUUGAUUGUAAAAACCCUCAUUCCCCAUUGAAGUUUCAUUUUAUCUCAAUCUAUUCCUUGUGGAAAUUUCUGGUUUGGGAUGUUGUAGAGCCAGCACCCUUUGUAAACAUCAACUUUAUAAAUCAUUGAAGUCCGAGUGUAAUUUAGAUUUCAAAUGUCAAUGUUUUUGACAAAUAUUGAAUUGGUUUGUUUUUCGCGUUUCUUGCCGGUUUUA